AUGGAUGUCAUGAUCCAUCUUUACAAAAUAUCUUAACUUUUUCUUCUUUUUGUUUUAAUAAAAAUUUGAUUGGAAAUUUUGCGCGUACACCACUCGGACUAUUAUGGUUUCUGUAAUUAUCUUCUAAAAGAAUCUCUUUUGACAACUAACAAAGACUCAAAACAGUCGAAAGGGCAACAACACCAAUACAUAGAAGCCGACCCAAAUGAACAAAACUCGGAGACUGAUCAACCAAACAACAGUCCCAAAAUCACCAAGACACCUAAUUCAACUCCUCAGCCAAGCGGUGGCCAAGGCAACCCAUCCCUAGCGAGAACGAAGACCAGAAAAUUGGUGGACCUCAAAUCAAAGAUUCCAUACACAACUUCCUCCUAGCAAGCGUCACAACACGGACUUGGGAAUUUUAUGAAGCAAUGGAGGGAAGUAGCAAAUUUUAAAAGAUUUAGAAGCUAGAAAUAUGGCUGAGGCGGUAGUUUCAAUGGUAAUCGAAGGGCUCAAAGGCAAUCUCGUUGAGGAGGUGAAGUUCUUGAGCGGAGUUGGCGAUCAAAUUAAGCAUGCACAAAUUGAGCUACUUUUGAUGCAGGGCUUUCUGAAAGAUGCAGAUGCAAAACAAGAAGACAAUGAAGUAGUAUGCAUUUGGGUUCAAAUUAUAAGAGAUGCUGCUUAUGAUUUGGAGGAUGUCAUUGAAUCUUUUGCUUUGAAAGUGGCUCUCAGAAGGGGAGGAAGCAUGAAGCUUGUUCUGAAAAGGCUUGCUUGCAUCUGUAACGAAGUCUAUAAUCGUCACAAGUUCGGUUCAGAAAUUGAGAGCAUUACGACCAAACUUUCCAAAUUGAGGUCGAGUUUGCAAGGUUAUAACAUCAAGCAAAUAACGGGCACACAAUAUGGAGGUGCCACUUCUUUUGAGAGGCAAAAGGUUCAAAGGGAAACUUAUCCUCAUGUUAUUGAACGUGAUGUUGUCGGGUUAGAGAAGGACAUUGAGAUACUAGUCACGCAAUUGGUGAAAAAAGAAAAAUGCCCCCAAGUUGUAUCCAUUUGGGGGAUGGGCGGUUCAGGAAAGACCACUCUUGCAAAACAAGUUUAUGGUCACAAUGAAGAUGUUAAGCGUCACUUCGAUUGUUUUGCUUGGGUGUGUGUGUCACAACAAUUUCAAGAAAAAGAGGUUUUGGAAGAUAUUUUGAACCAGCUUAUUCGCGACAUCAAAGAUAAAACUAAAGAAAUGAACAAGAAUCAAAUAGUAGAGAAGCUUUGUAGCAUCCAAAAAGAAAAGAAAUGUUUGGUGGUUCUUGAUGACGUUUGGACUCGUAAUGCGUGGAACUCUUUAAAACCUGGAUUUUCAAGAGGUGCGGAAACAAAGAGUUGUAUAUUGCUCACCACUCGGAAGAAGGACGUUGCUAAAAUUGCUGGAGAAAAUGGUUUUGUUCAUGCAUCUCGUGCACUAGAUGAUAAGGAAAGCUGGGAAUUGUUUAAGAAGAUAGCAAUUUCUGGGAGAGAUCAAACAAACUCUGAACUUUAUGCUGAGAAGGAAAAACUAGGAAAGAAGAUGCUUGAUCAUUGUGCAGGUCUACCAUUAGCCAUUACUGUGCUUGCGGGACUUGUAGCUAGAAAAGUCACAGUUGAGGAGUGGAAAACAGUAUACGAGAACGUCGAUGUGUAUAUACGGAGAGGAACUAAUCUUGACCAAGAAUACAAAGGAGAUCAAGAAUAUGCAGGUGCAUUAAGGGUGUUGGCAUUGAGUUAUGACGACUUACCAUAUCGUCUAAAACUAUGUUUUCUAUAUUUAGGCCACUUUCCGGAGGAUUACGAGAUACCGGUCAAAAGAUUGGCUCAGUUAUGGAUAGCAGAAGGUUUUAUAUCUUCGGGCUCCCAACGACAUGGUUCAGUGGAAGUAUUGGAAGAUGUAGCAUAUGCUUGCUUAAUUGAGUUGGUGGAAAGAUGUAUGGUUCAAGUUGGAACAUUUGGUUCAACUAAGAAGAUCAAAACAUGUGAUCUUCAUGAUCUUAUGCGAGACUUGUGCUUGGUAAAGGCAGAAGAGGAGAACUUUCUUCACGUUGUAAAUUUUACCAAGGCAGCGACAAUUCCUCAAGUUCGAAGACUUGGUGUAUAUCUGGAGGAAAAAUGGGUUGAUAGAUUUGCUCCCACAAGAAAUGACCACCUUAGGUCUUUGUUAUUCUUUGUCGACCCAGAAUAUGUAUUCUCCAAGUGGAAGAAAAAUUUCUUGCGGUCAGUAGUAUGCAACUUCAAAUUGCUCAGGGUUCUAAAGUUAGAAGACACAAGGGGGAGAGAAGUAGAGUUGCCGGGUAAUAUUGGGAAUCUAGUCCACUUGAGGUUUUUAAGUCUAAGGGAAAGUGAUGUAAUACGGUUGCCAUCAUCUUUAGGUAAUUUGGUAUGUUUGCAAACUCUAGACUUACGUGUGUUUCGUACAUGGUUGAAAAUAAAAGUACCAAAUGUGAUUUGGAAGAUGAAAGAAUUGAGGCAUUUAUAUUUACCCAGGUUUGGGUACAGAGGGAAGUUGAAGUUGGCUACUCUUGGGAAUUUGCAGAGUUUAGUCAAUGUUGCAGGUGCUGAAUGUGAUUUGACUCAUCUUGCUGAAUUGACCAAUCUCAGAAAACUGUUGAUAAUAAAAGUACCAAAUGUGAUUUGGAAGAUGAAAGAAUUGAGGCAUUUAUAUUUACCCAGGUUUGGGUACAGAGGGAAGUUGAAGUUGGCUACUCUUGGGAAUUUGCAGAGUUUAGUCAAUGUUGCAGGUGCUGAAUGUGAUUUGACUCAUCUUGCUGAAUUGACCAAUCUCAGAAAACUGUUGAUAAGAGGUGGGGUGAAAAAUCUGGAGGAAAUGUUGAAAUCUACUGGCAUCACAUUUAACCAUCUUCGAUCUCUAUCUCUAGAGGUGGAUGAUGAUGAUGAAGGUAUACCAAUGAAUAUGGUAUUGAGUUGUCCUCAUAUAUACAAACUUGAAUUGAGGGGAAGAAUAAGAGAACAAUCAUUGGAAUGUCUCCAGGGUUAUGAGAACCUCACUAAGAUGUCGCUGUUGUUUACUGGUCUACAGUUGGAGAGUCUCAAAAUACUUGAGAAGAUCCCAAACUUAAGAAUGCUUUGCCUUGGUCAAGACGCUUUGGAGAAUGUUGUCUCAGAAGUAGUUGUCUCAGAAGAAGGUUAUCCUAAUCUUGAAUUUCUUGAACUUUUUAAUUUGAGGGGAUUAAAGAGUUGGAGCAUAGAGAAAGGAGGCAUGCCUAGUCUCCGCAGAUUGUCUAUUUCCUUGUGCAGCCAAUUGAGGGCAGUUCCUGAGGGGCUUGAGAAUGUUACUACCCUCAAGGAAUUAACAAUUGAUUGGAUGCCUAAGAGAUUCUGUAGUAGGGUUGGGGAAGGAGGAGAGGAUUUCUACAAAAUUCAACAUGUGCCUUCUCCUCUCAUUGCACAUAUUGAGGAGGAUUGAGAAGUGGAUUACGUAACUGGAGAAAGUGAAGGGGAGUGAAGUGUGGCAAAGGUGGCGAAUGCUGCUGGGAGGGAAAGGCCAAUCUCGCAAAAUUAGGUGAAGAUUAUGUUGUUAAUAAUUGAAGGCAGUUGGCGUAUCCAUGUGUUAUAUCAUAUGAUUUGCUUAAUUUCUCUUUGUUUAAUACUUAGAAAACUGUAAGCCAUGGUCAUCUGUAAUCUAUGCAAAAACAGUUGUCGAUAGUAUGACGCCACAAUAGUUGCUAAUAACAUGUGCAAUCGACUGCAAGAAUAGGUUUUCGAUAA